AUGGCAAAGCGAGGCCCAGUCGACAUAUUUAUCAAGCAAAGACAUCCAGUUGCUGAACACGCAAAUAAUUCUGAAUCAGAUGACGGCAAUGUAAAUGAAACUGAAGUACUGUCAACAAAAAGAAUUCGUACUAGCUUUACUCGGAAAUAUGACUCCUCAUACAUUCAGUUCAGUUUUGUAGCCACAAAUGACGGUGGAGUGCCAAAACCGCAGUGCAUUAUUUGUGGCGAUGUAUUGGCUAAUGACGCAAUGAAGCCAUCAAAGCUCAAGAGGCAUUUAAAUACAAAACAUAAUGAAAUUAGUUCAAAGCCAAAAGAGUUCUUCGAAAGAAAGCAUGUUGAUUUAAAAGGCCGUCAGAAACAGAUCUUUGAAGUGUCACACAUCAAUACUUGUGCUUUGCGAGCUUCUUAUAAAGUAGCACUUCGCGUUGCUAAGGCUAAAAAGCCAUACACAAUCGGUGAGACACUAGUGAUAGGCUGUAUUAAAGAUGUCUGCAUGGAAAUGCUGGGCGAGCCAGUGGCAAAGAAAGUGGCUCAGGUGCCACUUUCAAAUGACACUAUAGCUCAACGAAUUCACGAUCUGGCUCACAAUAUGGAAGAUCAGCUCAUAGGACAGAUUAAAUUAGCAAAGUACUUUUCUUUGCAGCUUGAUGAAUGUACAGAUGUUGCUGCAAUUCUGAUUGUGUAUGCGCGCUUUGAACAUGAGGGUGAUUUGAAGGAAGAGUUUUUGUUUUCUGCUUCACUACCAACAAAAACAACUAGUUCUAAAGUUUCAGACCCACUGAGCGACUACAUCAUUAACAAAUGUGGGUUGGAUUUCAAGUUUUGUGUAGGUGUAUGUUCUGAUGGCGCUGCCGCAAUGACAGGACGGCAUUCUGGAGUGGUUACCCAGAUUAAGGCGCUUCCUUCACCGAGAAAGUCUUGCAACAAAAAAAAGUCAACAGAACUAAACACUGUGCUCAGCGAGGUCGUAAAAAUUGUGAACCAUGUAUAGGCGAAUGCUUUAAAUUCGAGACUAUUCGCUUCAUUAUGUGAUGAUAUGGGAGCUGAUCAUAAACAGCUCCUAUUGCAUGCCGAUGUACAUUGGUUAUCGAAGGGAAAAGUCCUGUCAAGAGUAUUUGAGCUCCGAAACGAGCUUGCCAAGUUUCUUCAGGACAAAAAACCAAAUUGGUCACAAUUGUUCCGAGAUGUGGAUUGGAUAGCCAAGCUGGCUGAUUUGGCUGAUAUCUUUGCCAUCUUUAAUGAUCUCAAUACCUCCAUGCAGGGAAGGAUGGCUUCGUGUCUUACAAUGGCACACAAUAUCGACGGACAGAAACGAAAGCUAAAAGCAUGGAAGAGUCGAGUGUCAAGAGGUUGUUAUGACAUGUUUCACAACUUAGCGAUAAUCAUCGCCAAUGCAGUCAAAGACCUUGAUGUUACAUCUCUACGAAACGUCAUCAGUGAACACUUGACGAAUUUGGAAGAACAUUUUGAGUUUUACUUUCCAGCAGAAGAAGAUCCACGGAAAGGGACUGGAUGGCUCCGAAAUCCAUUUAUUCCAUUGAAAGAUGACUUAACUGUCACUAUGGAGGAUAAGUUGUUGGAGCUGGCUGCUGAUGAAAGAUUGAAGAUGAGUUUCGAAACUACAACAUCACUUGCUUCCUUUUGGAUAAAAGUGAAAGCAGAAUAUCCUGAUCUUACUGAAAUUGCUCUGAAAACUCUUCUCCCAUUUUCUUCAACAUACCUCUGCAACACUGGCUUCUCAACUAUGAGUGUCAUUAAGACAAAGUACAGGAAUAGUAUGGAUAGUCAUUCUCCAUUGCGUGUGGCACUGUCCUCAAUUGAACCACGCCUGGAUAAGCUGACAAAGAAGAAGCAGGCUCACCUUUCACAUUAG